AUGGCUAUCAUUGAUUCCAUCACCCUCGCUGCCUUCUUGAUGGCGGGCAUCGCCUCCAUCCCGUCCGCUGGGGACGCUUUAGCCUUCAAGCUGUCGUCGGCGAUCUUGUUCACAGUCGCCACAGGGAUCAUGGCGAUCACGAGCAAGAUUCAGCCGUCGCAGUUAGCCGAGGUGCAAAGAAACGCGACGCGCCUGUGGAAGCAGUUGGGAAGGGCUACCGAAACCAGUCUCAGUCACGGAUCUCCGACCGACAGCGACGUCGAGGAGGCGGAGGAGAAAAUGCUGGUGCUCGAGAAGGCCUACCCGCAUCCCCUGCUCCUCGAAAUGCUCGAGAAGUUCUCCGCAGUCGUCGAGCCCACUCGAUGGUGGCCUAAAAUUCAACCGAAGAAAUUCCGAGCAAGAUUCGUCAGCAACGGGUGGAGCAAAGAACUAGAAGAGGAGUUGAGGGGAGCACUCAGAGUACUAAAGGUAAAAGACAGGGAAGAGUACACGAAGCUGAGCAGCUUAGCCUUGAACGUGAACAAGGCCUUGGCCACGGCAGGGCCUCUGCCCGCCGGCGCCACUGCGAUAAGCUCCAGCCUGAUGGGUUCCCCUGCUCUCGGCCCAGCGCCGUGA